GAGUUAGUCUCAGAUUAGCCACUUCAAAUCAAAUUAAGAAUCUCUUCUUUCUCACAAAAAGAGGACAAAAAACAAAUCAAAACCAAAAAAAAACAAGAAGUCACAUUCUCUAAUAUCUUUGCUGUCUUAGGUUUGCCUCCAUCAACCAAACACAAUGGCGAACGCGGCGUCAGGAAUGGCGGUGGAAGACGAAUGUAAGCUGAAGUUUUUGGAGUUAAAAGCUAAAAGAAACUAUAGAUUCAUAAUAUUCAGGAUAGACGGACAACAAGUGGUGGUUGAAAAGCUUGGAAGUCCCGAGGAGAACUACGACGAUUUUUCCAAUUCCCUACCGCCCAACGAGUGCCGCUACGCUGUCUAUGACUUCGACUUCACCACUACUGAGAAUUGCCAGAAGAGCAAGAUCUUCUUCAUAGCAUGGUCACCGGAUUCAUCGAGAGUGAGGAUGAAGAUGGUGUAUGCAAGCUCAAAGGACAGGUUCAAGAGAGAACUGGAUGGAAUCCAGGUGGAGUUACAAGCCACGGACCCAAGCGAGAUGAGUUUCGACAUCAUCAAAAGUCGAGCUCUCUAGAUUCAUAUUGCCUAAUUUCUCAUCAUAUAUCCAUAAAUGAUCCAUCAUCAACAAAUUAAAGAACUUCUCCAUGUUAUGUAACUUUCUUGGUUCAUUCUCCUUCCUCUUUGACUUUUUUUGUUUAUUUACAUUUCAAACUGACAUGGGUUUCAUACUUUGGCUUGAGAAAAGCCUAAAACCAUGCAGUUCUCGUGUAGUAGCUGCAUACUCCGUUGGAAAAUAAAAUAUAUUACUUUUCCA